GUCUGAAGUAUGAAACGAAAGUAAAACGAAUUUGUGCACACGCGAUUUACAUGCCUGUUCAUUUUAAAGGAAUGAGUCGUGAUUAAAAUCAGCAAGUGUCUGCUAGAUACAGGUUUGACUGUAUAAUAAUGGAGGAUUUCAGCGUUCAUUACGGAUAUCAAGAAGGAAUGGGACAGACAAGGUCUACUGGAGCGCGAUACAGUGGCUUGAGAAAUCAAGGUGCAACCUGCUAUCUGAACUCUGUACUACAGUGUCUCUACAUGACUGAAGACUUCCGAAAAGAAGUAGAAAAUUUUAGACCAGAUUCCUCUAAUAUUCACAUGGAAAGUUCACAAAGUAAUGAUCUGAUGCUAGAACUGAAGAAUCUCUUUAAAAAGAUGAAAGAAACUGAUGGUACUACCAAAGGGAUAACUCAUAGUUUGCGCAUCAGCAAUGUCCAUGAACAGCAGGAUGCAGUAGAAUACUAUCAGAAAAUUCUAAAGGCUGCUAAUUCACAAGCUUCCAAAAUAUUUGAAGGGGUAAUUAGUAACAAUAGCACAUGUCCAAAUAAACACAUAUUCAUCGAGAAGCAUCACUUUUUCACCAUCCCUUUAGCCAUUGAAGUUGGACACAGUGGGAUGUUUGAAAUGCUAAGAGGAUUACAGACUUUCUUUGAUUUGGUAAAGUUAGAUGAGGACAACUGGCUAUAUUGUAAAGACUGUGGGAAAAACUGAAACCCAGACAUGGACUGAUAUCAAGGUGUUUCCGACUAUCCUGACUCUGUACCUGAAAAGGUUUUACUUUGACUACAACCAAAUGAGGCCUGUGAAGAAUCACUGUUCCAUAAACAUUUCUCCAAAACUGGAGAUAAAGAAUAUUGGAUAUUCACUUUAUGCAGUCAUUAACCAUUAUGGAGAUGAAAGUGGAGGGCACUACAAUGUGUUCAUCAAAUCCUUUGAAGAUGGAGAGUGGUACCUAUUUGAUGAUAGUUCUGUCACACGGGUUUCAGAAAAAACAUUUCUUGAUUGUUCAAAGACAGCCUUUUUGCUAAUGUACAGAAAAUUGGACAGUCUGCACUCUGAAGAGAAAUCUACAGAUGAACCAUGCUGUUCACCAAAGUUGGUGAAGGUCAAUGGUGAUGCAUAUUUGAGUUAUGUAGCAAGCCUUAAAGAAGAUUUGCAGGUUGUAUCUGACCAAGUUAAAUUGAGUCUGGAGAAGGUGGACCAACUGGCUGGGCAGAUGCAUGCCUAUAGACAGUGCUAUGACUGGCUUAUUCAGUGGAUUGCUGGUGCCAAGAAAUGGCAAGAAGAUAUUGAGGCCCAACCUGUCAGUGAUAAAAAAGCGCUAAAAAAACAGCUGGCCCAGGCAAAGGAACUCCUUGUGGAGAUUAAAAACAAAGAAGACAAAGUCAAGGAAUGUAAGAACCAAGCUUUUGCCUACGUGAAUCUAAUAAAGUAUCAUGAGUAUCAGCUGGAAGCAUGUAGAGCAUUUGUGGAGUCUUUUCGCUUUACCAGUGUGGAGUCUGCUUCAAACAGCAUUAUGGAAGAGAUUAUCAAUCUUGAAAAAUGUUACAGUGAGGUGCUGUUGCUUACACGUCAAUAUAUUCAUUUUAAAAUGGACAUCCACAAAGAGGACAAUGAGAAGGAGCUGCCAGAACCCAGAAACCUCACAGAUGAGGAGAUUAAAAGCCAACAAGUCCAAGAGGCUCUGCUAAGCCAAAACAAGAUUGAGGAGAACAAUACUGUGGACAGUUUUAGAAAGGUUGCCCAAGAAGCAGAAGAAAAACAUGGCAAACCAGCAAAUGAGAAUUUUGCAACAGAGCAGGAAGCUGUACAGCAGAUACACAAGGCGAAGGAGGAUUGUGAAACAUUCAAGCAGCAAGCGGAGGAGGAUGCAGGAGAACACAAAGAAUGCACUGAUAAAGAGGCUAAUCAACAUCCGCAAAAUACACAUGAAACAGAACAACAAAAUCAAGCACCUGAAGCUGAGGCAGCUAAACAUGCUAAGGCUCAAGAACACUCAGAAAAACUGAGAAACAUGCCCAAAAUGGAUGGCAAAAAUGAGUUCCACCAACCACAUGCUGUUGCAAUUCAAGGUAGAUUCAACAAAAUAACAACUGAAAGUCAAAAUAAGUUUAGUGAUGCAACAUCUGAUAAAAAAAAGGAUGCGCAACCUUUGAAGAAAUGCAAAUUUGACACGGAAGAGAAAUUUCUAGUGGAGGGUCUUCGAAAACAAGUCACCGUAGAACAAUUACUGCAAUCUCAAGUUAUUGAUCAGAAGACUUACGAAAAGCUCAUAAAUGGCUCUAUUUCUAUGGAAGAUCUCAGCAAAGACUUGAAGAAGUAUCUUGAUGGUACAAAUUGUAUUGCAGGUGUAUAUAUAGAGGACACCAAAGAGCAACUGUCAAUCUAUGAAGCUAUGAAGAAGAACAUGAUUGGGCAAGACGAUGCCAUUGACCUGCUAAAAGCUCAAGCAGCCACUGGAUAUAUAAUCGAUCCAAUCAAAAAUCUGAAAUUGACAGUCAAAGAUGCUGUAGAAAUGGAAGUUGUUGGCAAUGAGUUUAAAGACACGCUUCUUUUUGCUGAACAAGCUGUGACUGGAUUUAUUAAUCCAUCUACUGGUAUGGUAUUUUCUCUAUUUCAGGCCAUGAAAAAGGGUAUGAUCGAUAAAUAUCAAUGCCUUCCCUUUUUAGAAGCUCAAAUUGCCACAGGUGGAAUCAUUGAUCCUGAAGCAAGUCAUCGUCUUCCAGUAAAAGUGGCGUGUGAGCAUGGCCUAUUCGAUGAUGAGACGAACUAUAUUCUUAAUGACACUUCUAAUUAUACUAAGAAACCGACUUACCGUCAGCUGUUAGAGCAAUGCAUUAUUGACCCUGAAACUGGACUUGCUCUCUUACUGCUAAAAAAGAAAAAGCAUGAAAGAAAUACAUCUUCUGAUUCAUCAGUACACAAAUUCAGUGGCACAAGAGAACAAGAAUGGGAAAGGGAAAUGGGCCCAGUUGCUGGGAUUGUAGUUACAGGUAAAGAUGCUCCAAAUAAAUUAUCCGUCAUAAAAGCCAUUCGAUGCAGUCUAGUUGAUAAUAUUACUGGUCUAAGACUGCUUGAGGCACAAGCUUGCACAGGUGGAAUCAUUGACCCAGAUACUGGAAAGAAAUUCACAAUUAAAGAUGCAUUGGACAAAGGGUUGGUAAAAGACACAAUGGUAGCUGCCUUGACUUUAGCUCAGAAGGCCUUCCAUGGAUUUGAAGUCUCAAAAACCAAAACAAAAAUGUCUGUUGGUCAGGCUUUGAAUGAGAGUCUGUUAACUUAUGAAACUGGUCAACGUUUUCUUGAAUUCCAGUAUCUGACAGGUGGACUAAUUGAACCUGGUGUUGCAGGAAGAUUAUCAUUGGACGAUGCUGUAAAGAAGGGUACUGUAGAUACAGUCACUGCUCAGAAACUCCAAGAUGUCAACAGAUACUCCAAAAAUCUCAUCUGUCCUAAAACAAAGCUAAAGAUAUCUUAUAGAGAGGCCAUAGGAAACAGCCUAAUUGAGAAUAGAUCUGGUUUACGUUUUUUGGAGGCAUCAUUAUAGUUUAUUAAAAGCCUUUUUAAAAUAUCCAUUUAAAUUAAAUCUAUCUUGAUCAUUUUAGGGCUUCAGGUUUUGCUGCAGAAUUAGUUGAGGCAAAUUUGAUGCUACAUGAUGUUUUUCCAUGAAUGUUUUAUUGCUUAAUUAAUUAAAAAAGGUUUCUGAUUAAAAUAGGUUAUGGAGCUAUUGAUACAGUAUAUCCUGCUUGCAUAUGUAAUAUUUUAUAUUUCAUUUUCUUUUUGUUAUUUAAAAUAUGCAAUGUUUUAAUUAUUAUUUUUGUAAUGUGGUAUCAAGAAAUAAAACUAAAAUUGAAGUGA